AUGUCGUCGACUGAAGCUCAACCCGACGCCUCCGCGGCGUCUUUGCAGGGGAUGGAGCCCCUUGCCUGUGUCUCGUGCCGGGCCAGAAAGCUCAAGUGUGAUCGCACGAAGCCCGCCUGCACUCGCUGCGUCAAGGUCAAGAAUGAAUGUGUGUAUCCUGAGUCACGGAGGAAACCGACUUUCAAGCGGCGGAACGUCAAGGAGCUAGAAGCUCGUCUGGCUCAGGUUGAAGAGUAUCUUAAAGAAGUCAACAAGGGCAAUGACGAUGGAGCCAUCCUAUUGGAUGAUGCCGAUAUUUCCCUAGGCGACUUCAAUUUCGCCCCUGACAACAUUAGUCAAGAUGCCAACACCUCAAGCAGCGCAUCAGAUCCAACCUUGUCCUUUGACAUUCCCAACUUCACUAGCCAAGAGGGUAGUGCCUUCAACAUGAACAACCAGUUAAUGGGCCUUGGCAUGUCCGAGGCUCUGCCUCCCUUUGAAAUGAUUGAAGAAUUACACAACGUCUACUUCACCACCCACUAUCACUUUCUCCCCAUUAUUCAUUCAGGCCGCUACUACCAGGCUUUCUAUGGACCACCAACCAGGAAACCGCCAAUGUGUUUGCAGUAUGGAAUUUGGGCGUUAUCUGCGAGUGGACACCUCAAAUAUGACCACUAUGCCGAAGCUUUCUACAAAAGAGCGCGGCAGUACAUGGAAGCAGAUGAGAUGAAGAGUGAUGGCGAGCACUUUGUUACGGUAAAUCACGCCCAAGCAUGGGCCAUCAUUGCCAGCUACGAGGCGAAAGCCAUGCUCUUCACCCGAGCGUCUAUGAGUGCUUCUCGCUAUGUCCGGCUUGUUCAGAUGCUGGGAUUGGACAGACUUGAUAGAGAAGGAGACGAUAUCCCUCCAACCCUUGGCCCCAUUUCCAAUUGGACCGAGCUAGAAGAGCGCAGGAGGGUCUUUUGGGGCGCAUUUGCAAUCGAUGCUCACGCAAACAUGGCAACGGGCUGGGCUAAUAUGAUCAAGUCUGAAGAUGUAAUGACGCGCCUUCCAUCUUCCGAGGAAGCAUUCAUGGCGGGACGAGAAGAGAAGACAGUGUUUUUGGAGGAGGUGUUUACUGGAGCUCCUUUCGAGAGCUUCUCCGGCGCGAUAGUCAUAUGCGAAAUCUUCAAGACUAUCUUGAGGCACGUUCACGGAGCGAAACCUUCUGACCACCCCGAGGACUUGAUGAACGGCACCUAUUGGAAGCGCCACCGCGAUCUCGACAACAGGCUAUCAAGCCUCUUCAUGUUCCUGCCCGAGAAGUUUCGCCUACCCCAGAGGUCCCAAGACCCAGCAGCCGUGCAUACAAAUCUGAACUUGCACGCGUCUGUAAUAUGUCUACAUCACGCUGCCAUCGAGACAGUAGAGAAAUUCGGACUUGACGACUCUAUCAAGCAGAACAGCAUAUGUAGGCUGAGGACAUCUGCUGAAGAAAUUGUCAGCAUUAUUAAGAUGACAUCGCAUACGGCCUCAAUAUUUAAAACGCAACUUUGUGCACUCUCACUGUAUUGUGCUACGACGGUCUAUGUCUAUUUGGCCAAAGAUGACCCCAUCUCCGGCGUGACUCCCAUCGACAUUUCCAACCUGGAGAUUAUUAUAAACGCAAUGGAAGCCGUCGGUCGACUGCACCAGGUUACAACCGCCUUUCUCCAACAAGCUUGCCUCGAUAUUGAGCGUAAUGCAUCCAAUAUCCCCCGACUUGCUCGGAGUUCAAUCUCGAAACACACUGAGAUGGCUUCACCGUUGCCUGGGAGACUACCUCUUGGCGGCCCAAAAGGUCACAGGAGGCCAUCUGGCUUAAGAAUGAAUAAGCCACUUGCCUCUCUGACAGGCAUCCAACCAGAGUUGAGCCAUACAACAGAUUGCUUCAAUGCCAUCCUCGGCGCAGUUACCCGAAACGUGGCUCCAAAACCAUACGAUCCUUCAAGCCAUAAGAGGAAGCGGAUGGCUGUAAGCCCAGGCCCUGAAGUCAAUAUGACAGCCAACCGGUCCUCCGGGAUGACAGCAAAGGAGUUUCGCUUCACCCUCAGCAAGGGAGCCAUGGAAACCCCCGCGAAUAACGCUUGUGGGAAUCUAUUUCCUGGAGAGAUAGAUAUGAGUAUGAAUACCCAAACCGUGGACCCGAUCUUUGUGCUCCCGGACCGCACUAACUCAUCAGCAUCAUCUCCAAUACAACGUGGAGCUGCUACAGAAGUUUUUUCAGCAAGCAGCCACACCUCACCCAGCCUAGGUCUUGGCAAUACUCCCGAGGAGAAUCGGAUCGAUCUUCGACAGUUCCAAGGCCGCAUUACAACGCCACUUUGGCAUAGCACGGAAGAAGGGCUAUUUAACCAUAUUACGGAGACAAUCGCGCAGUACUCAGGGGACGGCAACGACCCCUGGGCGUUAUUAAAUGGGGAGCACAAUAAUUGGAAUACCGGCUCAACAAAUUGA